AUGCUUACUCGAUGUCCGCCUGCAGUUGUUCGAGCGCAGCGGCAGCGAUCCAGAUCUCCACUUACUGGUUCCAACCCGCCCAGCACCGGCACGCAGGAACGCCUUCAAGGGCCUGCUGAAUAUUCGCCAUGGGCGAGUCUUCAUCCGUACACCGAUAACGACCUCUUCUCAUCGCUGGCGCCGCCGUUGGAAGGCUUUUCCUCGGCUGUGCCAGUCUGUCAACCCUUUGAUACCCUCACGCACGAGCCGGCACUCUGGGCAGAACCCGAUCUGUCCUUUGCCGAUACCGACUGGAAUUUCAUAUCUGUUGAUCAUUUGACGCCGUACCCUGCUGGCUAUGACGGUGGCGAUGUCCCCGUCAUGGACUUUGGCUACGGGUCUGUCUCUGCUUUGAACUCUCUUUCGGAUUCUGGAUCAAUCGAGCACCAACACUAUGUUUCUGCGUCUCUUGCUCCUAGCUCCGCCAAUUCGCCAGACGGCCACUCGCAUCCUUCCCCUAUCUCUCCAUUUCCUGCUCCCGUCUCCACGUCUCUAUCCAGCCCUUCUACCUCCCAAGGCGAUGAUACGCUAAGCCGCGUUGAUUCAUCACGGGUGGAAAAGCGCAAACUCAACACCCUCGCGGCGCGGAGAUGUCGGCAGAGACGUGUGGAUCGAAUGAAGGAACUUGAAGCCGAGUUGGAGAAGGUCCGGAAGGAAAGAGAUGAUUGGAGACUUCGGUGUUCGAAGCUUGAAGGCGAAACGGAUGCUUUGAAGGGUCUUCUCACUCGCAAGAGCAAGGAUACAUAG